AUGCAAAUCCUAAAACUGUGCGUCUUAUUUUUUGCUAUAAUUUCGGCGAAUGGCCAAGAAUACAGGGACCGACUGGUGCUGGGGAACAGGGCUGAAUUCCUGAACUAUUUUGACACCGAGAUCGACUGGGAUAUGAUGGAGGCUAGCCCCGCCAGCGGACUUCCGGUCGAGCCAGGCUCCGAAUAUUUCUACUUGACAAGAUUUGGCGGGCAGGAUGAAGAGGACGACGAGGUUGUAGACGACGCGCAAAAAUUCUCCUUCAAUUUUCAGAUUCACAAACACAUCUGUGACGUCAAUGUUUUAAAGAUGUCGAUCCGAUAUUGUAACUUGGACACGGAAAGUGUCAUUGGGCCCGUCCCGAUCUUGGGGAGGAAGGAAGGUGUCGAUUUCCACACUUUGAGAUCGCACAAUAUAUUCGCGUGGGAUCAUGACGAGUUUUUACUGGACCAUACGGCGGGAACGAUCUAUUUUAAUGGAUCGCUUCAUUUGGAUAGUUCUUUGUAUAUUGACGAGAUCGUGCUGUGGCAUAAUGGUCAUUCUGACUGCCUAACGACGACAACUGAACCAACUACACCGACAGAAACAACAACAGAUGAGGAUACGCCAGUAACUGAGUUAACGAUCGCAGCAACUACUAUGGAACCUACAACUAUACCAACGGAGGAGACCCCAAUAAUUGAGGAUACCAUUACCAUUGCAACUGAAGUAAUUUCGACGACUGAAGUAACAACAACAACUGAACCAACUACAUAUACUGAACCAAUUGCGACGAUUGAACCAACUACACCUACUGAAACAACUACAACCCAUGAACCAACCAUAACCACUCUUCCAGCCAUAACUACACCAACUACAACUACCCGUCCAACAACAACUACACCGACUACAACUACCCGUUCAACCACUACUACACCAACCACAACCACCCGUUCAACUACAACCACUCGUCCAACCACAACCACCCGUCCAACUACAACUACCCGUCCAACUACAACUACCCGUCCAACUACAACUACACCAACUACAACUACCCGUCCAACCACAACCACCCGUACAACCACAACCACUCGUCCAACCACAACUAUCCGUCCAACUACAACUACACCAACUACAACUACCCGUCCAACCACAACCACCCGUUCAACCACAACCACUCGUCCAACCACAACUAUCCGUCCAACUACAACUACACCAACCACAACCACCCGUCCAACUUCAACUACACCAACCACAACUACCCGUCAAACAACAACUACACCAACUACAACUACCCGUCCAACCACAACUACCCGUUCAACCACAACCACUCGUCCAACCACAACCACUCGUCCAACCACAACCACCCGUCCAACCACAACCACCCGUCCGACCAGGACUACCCGUCCAACAAGGACUACUCGACCAACUGUAUCCAGUUCAACCACAACCACUAGUCCCGCUCCCACUAGCACCGCCACUACUACAAUCCCUUCAACUACAACCACCAGUCCGACUACAACCACCAGUCCGACUACAAUCACCAGUCCGACUACAACCACCCGUACAACUACAACUCCCACUCCAACUACUACAACCACUCCAACUACUACAACCACUCCAACUACUACUACCACACCAACCACAACUAGCCCUACUUACCACAACAACUGCAACAGGUACUCAUCGAUGACCACCUGUCUCGCCAACAACUGCUCGUUCUGCACCCUUCCUACCUAUACUCACUUCCGCUGCGACACCUACCAAAACCUGGAGCGUUACAAGUGUUCCGGAUUUGCAUGUGGGUCCCCAGUUAUCAAGGUCUCGAUUGAUCCUAACCUCCCGCCGCCCCCAACCCAAUCCCUCACCCUUUGUCCUAACGAGAACAAGACAUUCGACGUUACCUUCAAACUGGAGUCCCACCCCAUUGACGUUUACGUUCUCGUCGACCUCUCCGGUUCCAUGGAUGACGAUCUACUCAACCUGAAAAGCUUAACUUCUCACCUCAUCACAGCUGUUCAAGCGAUGGGGACCAACUUCCAGAUUGGGUAUGGCGUCCACAUUGAUAAACCCUUCAAAUCGUUUGGUGGCCCAUGGGCUACCAGCUUCAUUAACUCGGUGCCACUCACCAAAAAUGCAAGUCUAUUCAGGUCAGCUAUUUCUCAGAGUAGGGUGAGUGAUGGCGGUGAUCUUCCAGAGAGCCAAUUGGACGCCAUGUAUCAAGUGGCAGACUGUACGGCACAGAUUGGCUGGAGGAACAAUUCCCACCAUAUUUUGCUUCUCAUGACGGACGCCAAAUACCACAAGGCGGGUGAUGCACGGGCGUACCUGCCAACUUUCAACAAACGCUGUGCCCUAUCCCCCACCGGUUCAUACAGCGGCCAAACACACUACGACUACCCAUCCGAGCAGGACGUCAUAACGGUCCUCCGCAACAAGACCAUUGUCCCAAUCUUCGCCGUGACUUCAGACGUGACCAGUUCCUACGAGGGCCUAAAACAAAACAUACCCAAUGCUGCGAUCGGCGUCCUCAGCAGUAAUUCUGCCAACGUGGUCGACCUCCUAGUCGCCCAGUACAACAAGAUCAAGCAAACGACUAGGCUCGAACGGGUUGGUUUGGACGAUAGGACGCUCAAUAUUCGCUACUUUUCGGCCUGCAAUGGUGCAACUUUGCAAGAAACUAAUGUGUGCAAUGCACUCGGAUACCAAGGAUCGGUCUCGUUUAGAAUUUCCAUUAACCUACAAGAUUGCCGGAAAGGUGGGGGUACGAAAUCAGUCCGAAUUGCACCGCAAGGUCUUCCUACCGCGUUCCAAGUAGCGUUCAACGCAAUUUGCGAAGAGUCCUGGGGUUAAGAGGUUCAUUGCAUGCAAUGAAAUAUUCCUUACCUUACUGAUUUAAGUUGUGGAAAAUAAAUUUAAGUGCGGCUCAUUUGACCUUUUUU